UGAGCAGGACGAGAGGGGCUGCGCACAAAAACGGACGUGGUGAGCAGAACAGAUUUUUCAGGACCAGGAGACGAGAGUGCAGGCUGAAAACACAAACGACAGCAGCAAACCCUCUGCACAACUCUGUUUUCCAGUGUUUUUUGAGCACACGCCCCCAGAAAUCUAAUCGGGGGAGGUCGCGUGCGGGGUCCACCGUCUGCUCAUUAGCUGCCCGGCUUCAGACGCUGCCGCGCGCCCCAUGAUGGACCAGCUCUGGUGAUCCGGAGAAGAAGACCAGACGUCAACAAGUCCACAGUGCUUUGAGAAAAUGGGCUGUUUUUACAUUGAGGAGGGGAGAGCAUUGCUGUAACACCGGCGGAACAUGGCAGGGGUACACGCUUCAGAUGUUGUGUCGGGACAUUUUCUGGAUCCUACCCUCGGCUCCCCGCCAGCCCAGGGCGCGACCGAUACAGCGGGAACCCCCGGAGAAGCGGCCGCGCUGACUCUCACCGGUACCCGGGCGUACUUGGAGGUGUCGGCCGCUGCCCACGGGUACGGGGCCGAAGGAGUGUACACCAACGGACGGUACAGGGAGCACGGCAGUCCAAGGAGUGGCAGCCGUGAUAAUUCCGCUGACAGGAGUCAGGGAGCUGGAAACAUACCUUGCGGCAUCAUGAAGGAUGGUUCCAAACAGAGGCAGGUGAGGAAGAAAACAGUGUCCUUCAGCUCAAUGCCAAGUGACCGCAAGAUCAACAGCACAGCUGCUUGCAUGGCCUUCAUGAUGGAGGGUUGUGAGAUGAAGAAGGUGCGCUCCAACUCACGCAUGUACAACCGAUAUUUCCUGCUGGAUCCAGACAUGCACUGGCUCCGUUGGGAACCAUCCAAGAAAGAUUCAGAGAAAGCAAAACUGGAGAUAAAGGGCAUUAAGGAGGUGCGUUUGGGAAAGAAAACUCCAGUUCUCCGCAGUAAUGGUCUCUCAGACCAGUUCCCUGAUGAAUGCGCCUUCUCAAUCAUCUACGGGGAUAACUAUGAGUCCUUAGAUUUGGUAGCCAGUACAGCCGAUGUUGUCAGCACCUGGGUGAUGGGCCUGAGAUAUCUGGUGUCUUAUGGCCGGCACACGGUGAAUAUGGUGGAACCAAGCCAACCGAGUCUUCGAACAUCUUGGAUUGGCUCAGUGUUUGAGCUGGCAGAUAUGGAAAAGGAAGGACACAUAGAUCUGUUCAGGGCCACCCAGAUAAUCAAGGGGCUCAACCCUGGUAUGAAAGAGUCUAGGAUAGAGCUGAAGUUCAAGGAACUCCAGAAAGCUAAAGACCAAUAUGGAGAGGCAAUUAACAUGGACACCUUUGUAGAGGCCUACUGUGAGCUCUGCACACGACCAGAGAUCUUCUUCCUAAUGGUGCAGUUCUCCAGUAACAAGGAAUAUCUGGACAGUAAAGAUCUGAUGCUAUUUGUGGAGGUGGAGCAGGGUGUGGAAGCAGUAACAGAGGACAUGUGCCGGGAAAUUGUUCAAAAAUUUGAGCCAUCCGCCGAAGGUAGGGAGAGGGCCUACCUCUCCAUUGACGGCUUUACACACUACCUCCUCUCCUCUGAAUGCCACAUCUUUGACCCCCAACACAAACGUGUGUGCCAGGAUAUGAGCCAGCCUCUUUCCCACUACUACAUCAACUCGUCACAUAAUGCCUCACUUCUGGAAGACCAUUUCUGGGGAUCUGCAGAUAUCAGCAGCUACAUCCGAGCUCUAAGAAUGGGCUGCCGCAGCAUUGAGGUCAUUGUAUGGGAUGGCCCUGAUAAUGAACCAGUUGUGUAUGUGGGUAGUUCUGUAGCCUCACAUCUAGCUUUCUCUAAAGUCCUGGACAUCAUAAACCAAUAUGCUUUUGAGAGCUCUGAGUAUCCCCUGAUUCUCUGCCUGGUGACCCAUUGCUGCAUCCCUCAACAGAGAGUCAUGGCGCAGCAUAUGAAGAAGAUUAUUGGGGACAAGCUGUGUGUUGAGCCCCCAAACAAGGAGGACAUAUACCUCCCCUCCCCUGAGAAACUCAAAUGUAAAAUCCUCAUCAAGGGUAAGAAGUUACCGCCCAACUGCACUGAUGUUGAGGGUGAUGUGACGGAUGAGGAGGAGGGUCUGGAAAUGUCUCGAAGAGUGGGAGGUAAUGAGAAGGACCAGCUCAAUGGAUUAAGCUACAAGAGACUGAGGCUGUGCAGGGAGCUCUCUGACCUCGUAACUCUCUGCAAGUCAGUCCAGUUUAGGGACUUUGAAAUCUCUAAGAGAGACCAAAAACAUUGGGACAUCUGCUCCUUCAAUGAGGUAGAUGCAAACAGAUAUGCCAAUGAGUUCCCAGAGGAAUUUGUCUGUUAUAACAAGCGCUAUCUCUCCAGGGUAUAUCCCACACCAAUGAGAAUUGAUGCCAGCAACAUGAACCCCCAAGACUUCUGGAAGUGUGGCUGCCAGAUAGUAGCCAUGAACUACCAAACCCCAGGCCUCAUGAUGGACCUCAACCUUGGCUGGUUCAGGCAGAAUGGUAACUGUGGGUAUGUUCUGCGGCCAGCCAUCAUGAGGGAGGAGGUGUCCUACUUCAGUGCCAAUGCUCGUGACUCGCUGCCAGGCGUGUCUGCUCAGCUUCUUCACAUUAAGGUCAUCAGUGGGCAGAAUCUGCCUAAGCCUCGUGGCUCUGCAGCCAAGGGUGAUGUUGUGGAGCCCUACAUAUAUGUGGAGAUUCACGGCAUCCCAGCUGACUGUGCUGAACAGAGAACCAAGACUGUGUCUCAGAAUGGUGACAACCCUAUUUUUGAUGAGAGUUUUGAAUUCCAGAUCAAUUUGCCAGAACUUGCAGUACUGCGCUUUGUCGUGCUGGAUGACGACUACAUUGGCGAUGAGUUCAUUGGCCAGUACACUAUCCCAUUUGAGUGCCUACAGCCAGGCUACAGACAUGUCCCUCUACAAUCUCUGACUGGAGAGUUCCUACCAAACACAACUCUUUUUAUCCAUGUAGCCAUCACCAACAGGCGGGGUGGAGGAAAGGCUCAUAAGAGGGGUCUGUCAGUCAGGAAGGGUAGAAAGGCCCGGGAGUACACCACCACCAAGACCACAGGGAUCAAAGUGGUGGACGAACUCUUCAGAGCUUCCACCCAGCCCCUCAGGGAGGCCACAGACCUCAGAGAAAAUGUGCAGAAUGCCACGGUGUCCUUCAAGGAGCUCUGCGGCCUGACCCCGGCCGCUAACAUGAAGCAGUGUAUCCUGACCGUGUCUACCUGGCUGACGAACAGCGAGCGGUCACUGAGGGUAACGCUGGACCUGAGCGAGACCUACCCCACCAUGGAGGCUCAGGGUCCGGUUCCUGAGCUGCUGCGCAAAGUGUUCAAUGCCUAUGACAUGAUGAUCCAAACCAGCAGAACACUGAUCGAGUCAGCUGACGUCGUCUACUCCAAGCUCACACAAGCACAGCGGGCAGGUCUGGACUUCCAUGAGGAUCUGCAUCGCAUCGGAGCGAAGGAGGGUCUGAAGGGCCGCAAACUGCAGAAGGCGAUGGAGAGCUACGCCUGGAACAUCACCGUGCUCAAGGGCCAGGCAGACCUGCUGAAGCACGCUAAGAGCGAGGCGCUGGACAACCUGCGUCAGAUCCACUGUGCCGCCCAGUCCUGUGGCCUCAGUAAGAACGGAGCAGCUUCCCCACAGCUCCAGCACCAUCCUCUCCGCCCACCGCAGCAGCAGACACAGCCACAGCCACAGGCCAAGACCCAGCCUCAGCCUCCUCCACCUCACCCGCCCCAACCUCACCCGCCCCAAACCCAGCCCCCACCCCCAACAGCACCUCAGGCUUAUCACCGUCCCCUUCCCCAGGAACAUCCACAGCAACACCCCCAGCUGCCAGCUCUCCCUUUGGUUCAAACUCUUUCAAAACCACCGGCCUACACCCAACCUCCGCCCCUAACCCAGCUCCAGUUUCAGUUUCAGAGCCAGCAGCAGAGGGCAGCAGGAACUCCGGAGGGCGUCUCUGACAAAGAGCUGGUCAGAGACGACCCUGUGGGAUCCUGCUGACCCGCAGCCUGUGCCAGCAGAGAAUCCUACACAAAGAGAGACAGGGAGGGCAAGACAGAGAUGGGGAAGCAGAAGGAUGUAGUGGAAAAGAAGGGGGGCAUUAAUGAAAAGGACAUGGAGGAAUUGGCUGAGAGAAAUAAAGAGAUGAUGCUGGGGGGGAAGACUCGCCGUGUUAGAAGCGAGACGCAGGUCUGAACAGGUUUCAGUUAGGGCUGGAGGAGAGAAGAAAGAGAGACCUCACACUGCAAUCACACAUCUCAAAACAAGAGUGAAAACUGGAAAGACAUUUUUACUUCUCUCUGUCAUGGAUGUGGAAAAUAUAUUUUAUCUGAGCCAGGAAGUUGAGGUCUUUUCUGUUUUCUCUCUUGUGAAAAGCCAAAUGUACGGAAGCCCUGAAAGGCAGAAAACAGUUCUAGUGAUCUGGUGACAUUUUGUCAGCAUAAUCUACAUAGGUUCUGAAAGUUCCUUUGUUGCCAGGUUUUAGUAGUAAAUAUAGGUAACAAUAAAUGUUUCGCUAGGCAACAUUUUUUUGUAUUUCAUUUAGCUGACGCUUUUAUCGAAAGCGACUUAAAAUAAGUGCAUUCAACUUUUUAUUUUGAUCAGGAUAAUUUCUUAUGUUUUUCUCUUGUAAUACUCAUUCAACCCACACGAGGCUGAACUGCUCUACUAUAUGCUUUAAAUAGCACUCAAAGCAUUCAUGUUUUCUACCAGGUAUGUUUUUCUCUAUGCAAUUUUAACACAAAAUGUAACAAGUUGUGUAACGUUACUCUCAUUUCUUUCUUCCGGCUGAAAAUUAAAUGUAAUCUUAUUGACACAUUGUUUUGAUUAGACAGACAAAACCUUACCUGGGAGAAGACAUGAAUGCUUUAAGUAUUAUUUAUAACAUGUGGUAGUGGUACACUGUUGUAGUCAAAUGAAUAUGACAACAAAAAACACAGCAGAAUUUAUCCUUAACAAAAACAGUUUGACAUGCCAAAAAAGAAUGUCUCACCUGUUUCACAAAUAUAAAGGAAAUG